GAUAAUUGUGUUUUUAUUUUGAAAAUAUACAAAAUUAUAUGUUUUUUAAUCUAUGUGCAUAAACUUAUAACGAUAAUUAAAAUUAAACGGAUGGAAUAUAGUUGAUUAAUUGGUAGAAUUACUAUUUUAACUUUUAAGGUAUAUAAAUAAUUCUAUGAUUAUGACGAAAUAUGUUUCUAAUCAAUCAUGUUUUCAUUUUUAAAUAUAAACUACAAGUGGGAUGAUGUUUCACUGUCGAAUUACUUUAGUCUGUUCGAGUAUGUUAUUAAACAAAAUCCCAAGAUGUAGAAAAUCGAUCCUUUACAUAGUUUUUUUUGUAACAACUAACUUUAUUUAUUUAUAUAAAAUAGCAUUACAGAAACUUGCAAAUAAGAAAUAAAAAAUUACAGAUUUUUUUUUGAUAUGGUCUAUUGGUUGAUCCGGCAGAUUGAGGAAAUAACACAUUUAAUUUUACAGAGUGGACUACUUCAAAAACGUACCAUAUAGCAUAAUUCGAGUUUGGAAUAUUUUAUGAUUCUGACUAAUGUUAAGGGUGAACCGGUCAUUUGUUAUGGUCUAUCAUGUUAACCAUUUGGGCUGAAACCUAAACUCAUAUUAAUUAAGUAGUGAUAAUUUAAUUUCUAAGAAAAAUGAAACUCAAAAUUGACGUGGAUACAUACCAAACUCUAAAAGAUUAUCACUAAUCUAUCACUAUUUGGUUAAUUUUUUUAAUAGAACAGAACAACACCACAUAGGAAGUAAAGUUCGAAAACGAUUUUCCAGAAAAGUCUAGAAAGUAUAUCCGAAUAAAUCCCAAAUCAGGAAAUAUUUUACUGAUCAAUAAAAAUUACCAGUCAAACAACCGCACACUAAUACCAUUUUCUAUUUGUUUAGACAAGUAUAGGGGUGAUUGUGAAGGGUUGUAAAUAUCAUGGACAGCCAUUUUGUAAAGCAUUUUAUUAAAACAAUCAUGUUUUAGGCUUGAGAAAAAAUCUACAACCAAAAAGUUAGAAAAUAAAAUAUAUUAGCUAUGAAAAUCAUAUUUUCUAGAUUUCAUUAAAUGCUUUGAAUAUCUUUUAAAAUAAAUCUAUAGCAAAUGAAUUAAAGUCAAAACAAAAAAGUUACAGCCUAUUUCUAUAGUAAAGAAACUAAUGGAAUAACAAUAACCAAUUAGUUCAAAUAUGUGUAUGCAUAUUAAGGACAUUUCCUAUCUUACUCUAUAUUUUAAUCUAAAAUAGAGUAAUGAACAAAAAUAAAAUAUUACUCAAUUACUCCAUUUAUAGAGUAGUGUUUUUAUUUUGUGUUUCAUUACUCCAUUUUAAAGUAAAAUAUAAAGAGGGAUUGAGAUGGUCUAAUACCAUAUAAACUUGCUUUUUAAAUGUAGUAAAAAAGACUUGCUUUUUAAUUGAAUGAUUCAUAAAUGCAAUAAAAUAGAGUAAAAGUAUUUAAUGUCUGGACUUUGAUCAACAAAAUAUUUAAUGUAUGGACAAAUUUAGUGGUACGUUUUUUUGUAUAUAUAUUUUACAUGGUAAUAGAUUUAUGAGAAAUUGCACCCAAUAGCUAAUAAAAAAACCAAAAUUCACUAUCUAACUAAAAUCCCACCCUCUCUCCUCUUUUCUCUUCCUAUUUCUCUUUUCUCUCUCUCUAAAAAUCUAAUUUCUCUUUUUUUUUUUGGUGAUUCCCUAAAUAAGCCCUAGAUUUAUUGUGGUACUCGGUACAAACAUUUAUUAUACGUCUGAUAGAAAAAAAAAUAAGAUGGGAAAAUAUAUACUAUGUUUUUUCCUUGUCCUCCUUUCUGUUGAUUCUAUAAACUCUUAUUUGAUGCCUCCCCUCUUCAGAAAAUUCAAUAUUGAAAUUGUAAACCAGCUAGGGUUUAACAAGAAACUCAAGGUUCAUUGCAAGAGCGGAAGUCAUGAUUUUCCGAUUACUUAUCUUAAUAUCGGCGAAAAUUUUCAGUUUAAGUUUACUAUCAACCUAAAGACUCUGUAUUGGUGUAAUCUAUGGCAGGGACCAAAUUACAAACACCAUGUGGUUUUUAAUGCGUUUCUUCCGGACAAAGAUUUUAUAGAUGGUACGUGUACUGGAAUGGACCCUAAUGUAUGUAGGUGGAUCGCAAAAGAAGAGGGAGUCUAUGUCCUCAACAAGCAAUUUCACGGAGAAUACUUCAUGUAUAAAUGGGAUGCUCCCUCAAGAAACACUCGAGUGGGUGCACCUGCGAGUGAAUAUGAAUGAGUUCAGUGAUCUAUAAAUAUAUAUAGUACCAUAUAUUAUCUUUGUAUUACUAUUAUCAUGUAACCAGUGGCGGAUCCAGUAAACUUUUUUACCUGGAUCAUAGGCCCAACUAAUACAAAUAAAAGAAAAUAUAACUAGGGCUAGGCACAAGCGGUUACUUGCGACUUGAUUUGUCUUGUACGAGUAAUGAAACUUUUGACUUGUACUUGCCUUGUUAAAAACAAGUACUUGAUAUUUCAAGUACUUGAUCAAAAAUAAAUUACUUGCAAGUUACGUGCAUUGCUCUGUUACUUACUAUUUACGAGUAUUUAUGAAUUAUUUACGAGUUUUUCGGAAUAUUUAAGAAUUACUUACUAAAUAAUACUCUAUUAGAAAUAGACAUAAAAUUUGUUUUAUUUAUUCUACUUGAAAAUUUAGUUAUAUGACUUGUUAUUACAUGUUACAUGUUUAGAGAAGACAUUUUUGUUAUCGUGAAAAUUAUACAAUGUUUAUAUCGAAAUAUGCAUAUAUAUAUUUUUUAUCUGUCUUCUUUAUGUAAUAUUUGACUAGAAUACAACGAUUAUUUAAAAAUCAAGAUGAAUACGAAACAAGUAACAAGUAUAAAAAGAGUAAUGAGUAUUUGUGUUGAAUCCUAAAUGCAAGUAAAAGAAAAGACAAAUAUAAACAAGUAACUAAUAGAUCAUGUAACAAAUAACAAGUAGUAGGGCAAGUAACGGGGCGUAAUGAAUCAAAUACUAAAAAUAAUAAUGAUACUUGAUACUUGAAUUGAUCUUGCAAGUAAUGAAAAUUAUCGAUUUGUUACUUGUCUUGACAAUACCGAGUACUUGAAUUUUCAAAACGGAUACGAGUCAAGUAGCGAGUUUAAGGCAAGUAACAAGUAAUGAUACCCAGCCCUAAAUAUAACCAAGAGAGCUAAGAUCCAUUACAAAUACAGGUUUACAAACCUAAACUUUAUAUUUAACAUGUGUCAAUUGCACCUCCUUCCUUGUACGUAGGUCCGCCACCGUAUGUAACAACAAUAAACAAUACACAAAAAUUAGUUCAAAAAAAAAAAAA